AUGGAUAAAUUGUUUUGGACGCUAGGAUUCACUGUGUUAAUUCUACAAGCACCCAUCGUAUCAUGUGCGUUUAACUCAACCGUCGAGGGGCUCCUCAGAAGCUCGUUGUUGAGUUCCUACUACAGUGGUGUCCGCCCUGACGCCAUCGUAGACGUCGGUGUCCUGUUCAAUAUCAUCACAAUCAACGAGCUGAAUAUUCGUUCUGAAGCAUUUUCUGUGUCCGGAUGGUUUAUAAUGCAUUUACUUUGUACAUUUACAUGCUUUAAAUUGUUUUAUAUAUGUCCGUACACUGUUUACUUUCAGACAUGGACAGAUGACAGGUUAAUAUGGGACAACACAAUCCCUCUCUAUAGCGCAACCAACUUCAUGUUCUUCACUCAGGCAGAAAUCUGGAGACCUACUUUAAUUGUGGAAAAUUCGGUGGAUGAUCUCAGCGUUAUAGAGGACGAUAACGUCCCUUUCCGUGUGUUCAGCAGUGGCAAAGUGAUCUGGAAUCCCCCUGGCAUCUACAACACGUACUGCGACAUCGACAUCACGUACUACCCCUUCGACACGCAGACGUGCUACAUCAGCCUGAAAAGCGUGGGCUACAACAUCAGGGAACUGAACCUCACCGUGUUUAGCAACGGGGUCAAAACGACAGACUUCAAGGAGAACGGGGAAUGGACGGUCAUCUCGGCUACCUCAUCGCGAAGCGAAUCCACGGACACGACAGACGCCGAGACGUAUGCCACUCUGCAGAUCACCUUCACGAUCAAGAGGCGGACGGAAUAUUACGGGCUGAACAUCAUACUUCCGGUCAUAAUUUUGGCGACGCUCUCCUCCUUCGUGUUCCUGCUUCCGCUUGAGUCUGGCGAGAAGAUGGGGUAUUCGUUGACAGUACUGCUGGCCAUAGCCGUGUUUCUGACGCUCAUCGCAGACCAGAUACCAACCACGUCAAAGUCCAUCUCUCUACUCACUAUCUACAUUACCAUCGUCGUCAUUCUUAAUGCGUUAUCUGUCCUUGCAACCUUGUUGUCGCUGGAUAUUUAUUUCCGGGACGAGAAAACUAGAAUACCCGACUGGUUACGAAAAUUGACGACUGACGUCAUGAUGCCUUUUGCUUGCUGGGGAGGAUGCUGCCAGGGGAAAUCCAAUAAGAUUUCGUCUAAGAAAGCCGCAAAUUUAGCAGGUUACCAGAACAAAGCAUCGUACGCUGUAAAGGACGCGAAAAUGAACGAAAAUACGUCAAUGGAAAUGCGGCUUUCCUCGGAGGGGGAAGAGAUGGACGAACUCACCUGGGGGAAGAUUGCAAAGGUGUUAGAUGCCUGUUUUCUAAGGAUCUCCGUCGGGAUUAUAAUAAUCAUUACCGUCAUCAUCUUUGGUCUCUUGCAUUCUCAGUAA